UAUAACUCUUAUCCAAUUAGGAAAGCCAUUUAAACAUUGAAGGUUUUGGUAUGAAGCUUAUACUCUCACUGAAAAAUUUGAGAUUUCAGACCAGAUAUUGACCGCGGUGGGAUAUUAGAGAUGAUGGAAGAUGGAGAUAUAUUAAUAAGAUAAAAUUUCAACUCAAGUCAACUUACUUUUGACUCUCAAAUACAUUUAGAGGAGCAUUUUCAAUUAAAGAUGGAUAAGAGUAUUAUAAUGAGAAACACACAGAUUUAGAACUAAACCAAUGGCUCCAAAGAAUGUAAAU